AUCCAGGUAAGGUUGAACCUUUGAAGAGAGCGCGAAUCAAAUCAACAGAAAUCCGGGUUGGGUGGUUUUUCCGGGAACGGAGAUAUACAGUUAGUGACCCUGACCUUCGCACUUCCGGGAUUAUGGCCUCCAACACAAAAGGCAGUACCACGAUGAAAGACACGUCUGCAGCCACAGUGGAAGCACCCAGUCGUCUGCUGAUGUUCUACCAACCAACCCUCAGUAACAGUAUCUCAGCGUACUUCCCUUGUCACGUGAUCAGAAAACAUGUUGGAGAGAAGGUGACCGUAGGUCGAAGUUCAUGUGCAGACGUUCGGUUGAACGACGAGCGUAUGUCAAGGACGUACGCGGAGAUCUGGAACGAUGGGAGGGACCCAUUUGUCUUCAAAAUCCGUAACAUCAGCGAGAGGAAGAUGUUGCUGGUCGACAGCAAAGUACUGAAUAAGGAUGAGCAGGCUUCCAUCAAAGAUAACUGUACCCUUAAACUUGAUUUUGUAGAACUUCUCCUGAAGGUGUGCCCGGGAGACGCCAUUGCGGAGACCUACGAAGUCAGCGUUAUCAAGAACGCUGUGGUCGGCAGGGGGCCUCUAUGUGGCUUUGGGUCUUCUUAUGGAGACACCGUCCCAUCAUCCUCACUCCUACGUUGUCUCAUGUCCCCCACAGACUCCGAGGGGCACCGUGCGACUGGGAAAGAUCCUGCAAACUCUCUCCAACCCCUUUCCCACGAGCCUCUAAGCAAAGGUUCAAAAAAUGACCUUGACUCUGGUUACGUCUUCGACACAAGUGGAAAGUAUCGCCCAAACAUUCCAGCCAAUCACCAUCCAGCAUCCAUCCCGCGGUGCCACGACUGCCUGAGAGCAGUUCCUGGUAAGAGAGGGUUAUCUCCUUGCGAAAAUAGUGACGUCAUCAACGAUGGUACAACAGACGAAAAUAUCGCGCUUGAUAAUGUGUUGUGAGAUGCUAUUGAUGUAAGGGCGUUUAUAUCUUAAUGUAAAGUCUUUUAGCACUUCUAUCCCAUAAUUUCGGACUGUGUCAAGUGUCCUGGAGAAAACAACAUGGAUGAGGUCUAAUGUCAGUAGGGCUGUUUCCGCCCUGCUGGUAUUAAUACCGUAUCCAGGUCAUUCAAUACUGCACUUCAGCUGGUGACCACAGCUGGUGACUACAGCUGGUGACCACAGCUGGUGACUACAGGGACCACCUAUGAGUCUCAAUUAUUUAAUAAUAUCAGUAAAUUGUUACUCGUGUGUGCAAAGGAUA